AUGCCUGCCAUUAACCAUGCUGCCCUCUCAGCUGGCGUGAUAGCCGUUGGCGUUGUCGUCGCUGUAGGCGUCGCCAUUUACGAAUCGCCAGAGCUGCGACGCAUCGCCGAAGACCUGCGCCAGCGCAUCGCCAUCGCCCUGCACUCUCUCGGCGACAGCAUUUCCCCGCAGGAACGCGAGAACCUCUACAAUCGCCCCGAGGACGCCGAGGGCUUUUUGCUGUCGCGCGGCAUCGAUAUUCGCAGGGGCGACGAGCAAGGCGUCGAUGCCGACGAGGAGACGAGGCGGCGACAGAGGGAGGAGCUGAUGUACUGGAAUUCCAUUGCCGAAUCCAAGAGAAAUCAGGAAAUCAAGGAUCAGGAAAAGACCCCUCAAGUUGAGCCACGGAGAACCGCAUCUAGGGGUUCGAGCUUUGAUGAUUUCUUGCAAAAGGAUACCACCAACGAGAAGGGUGCCUUCAUCUUCAACAGCGGAGCUGAUGUCCAGGGUGCCGAGGCAGGCGGUCUCAGACGCCGUGGCGAGGGUGCUCGAGGCCUAAAUUACUCCAUCUUGACGAAUCCCUUUGCUGACGAACACGGCAUUGAUGAGCAUGUUGCACUUGAGAACAGCUUGAUGGAGCCAGAAAAGGACGAGCUGGAUGAUAUCUACAGCGUUUCGCAAGAUCACCAGGACAAUCACGACCGUGAAACUAGCGCCACCCUUUCAGCACCUCCAGAGCACAUUCCUUCCAACUUGAUUGAUGUUGAUACCCUGGCUCGUCAACCACUGCCGGAACCCGUCUCUGCUGUCUCGGAGCGCGAACUCGGCCCCGAGGAAUAUAUGACAGCAGGACAGGAAGACAGACACGAGGCAUACAGCUCGAUUCAAGCCUGGGCAGAAGCAUCCCACAGUGGCUUCUACUCUCCACUCCCUGUUUCGCCAGCAGGUCCUCUGUCCGAGCCAGAGCUCAUUAGUGAAGGACAAUUGACACCAACAGACUCGGCUUCCCUCGCAGGGUCUGGUGAGGACAUUGGCGAGGAGAUUCACUCUGUAUCUGGUCGACACGAUGAUGUUAUGAGUGAUGACGAGGGGAUGCUCACUCCGGCAAGCUGGACAGAAGUCGGCAGCGUCAUCAGUGAGAGCGAUGGCGGUGCUCACCCCGCUCGUGCAUAA